GCCCCGCCCCUUCUUCCCUUCUCCCGGAAGUGGUGGAGGCUUGGGGUCACACAAAGGUCACGGAGCGAUGGCUGCCCGCGUUCUCCACGCGGCGAGAUGCGGCUCGCUGCGAGCCUUCACCACCGCGUCUGGGCGCGUGCGUGCGGCCGCCGUGGGGGGGGGCCCUGUGGACGGGGCCGUGGGGGGUGUCCCUGCUGAAGCGGCGGUGGCGGAGCCAGGCGGGUUCCAGGCUCCACGCAGGCCGGUGCUCGUCGACCCAGAGCAGAGCAGAGACGCCGAGGAGACGAGAGUCAGCCCCGAGUUCAUCCGUCCUCCGAGCCGAACAAACCCCCUGCUGUUCCACCUCCAGCGCAUAGACAUGGAGACACGCAGACGCGUCCUGGCUAUCCCCGACUUCUAUCCCGGCAGCGUGCUUGCGGUGACGUUGUCUGACGCGCUGUCUCCCGGGCGUGUCCGGCGCUUCGUGGGGAUUUGUCUCAAACGCUCCGGGAGUGGCCUGGGAGCCACGGCCACGCUGCGGAACGUCAUCGAAGGACAGGGCGUGGAGUUGGUGGUGGAGCUGUACAAUCCGCGCGUGCACCUGAUCGAGGUCCUGCGCCUGGAACAACGUUUGGACGACGAUCUGAGCUACUUGCGCGACGCUCUCCCCAGCUACAGCUGCUUCCCGGACUCUGCGGGAGAGGGGGCGGCCCCCCCACAGACGCCCAGCGGCAAGGAAGUCCCCCUGAACACGACCGUGGUGGAGAUGCUCCCCCGUCCGUGGUCUCGACGUUGGGGCUCGGAGCUCCGGGGGGCCUCCCUCCCCGCCCCCCCCACCGCUCUCCGCACCGCCGGCCGUGAGCACGGCGGUGAGCGGCGUGGUGAGCAGCGUGGUGAGCGGCGUGGUGAGCGGCGUGGUGAGCGGAGUGGUGAGCGGCCGUGGGUGACGAUGGACCUGAAGGCUGCCCGCCACUCCCAGGCCCUGAGGGAGGAGGCGGCACGCACCGACGUCGCCAAGAUUCGCGCCAAGAUGGCGGCGGGGGCAGCGGUGGGAGAGCGGCGGAGAGGGGAGGGGGACGCUGGGAGGGGCUCUCGCGUGGAGUGACGCACACACGCGGUGACACGCGGUGACACACGGAGUGACACACGCGGUGACACACGGAGUGACACACAGUGACACACGGAGUGACACACGCGGUGACACAUACAGAGUGACACACGGAGUGACACACGCGGUGACACAUGGAGUGACACACGGAGUGACACACAGAGUGACACACGGAGUGACACACGCGGUGACACACACAGUGACACACGGAGUGACACACGUGGUGACACACGAAGUGACACACACGGUGACACACACGGAGUGACACACGCGGUGACACACACAGUGACACACGGAGUGACACACGCGGUGACACACGAAGUGACACACGCGGUGACACACACAGAGUGACACACGGAGUGACACACGCGGUGACGCACGCGGCAGAGGUUGCAAACGGGUUUUGAUUCCUUACCCGUACCCUACCCGUACCCGGCCGCACCAGGGUCGCAUACGGGUACCCGUAUCCAGCCGGGUACGGGUAGCCGGGUAUCGGGUAGGGUACGGGUAUCGGGUACCCGAUUGCGAUCUCUGACACGUGGUGACUCACGCGGUGACACACGCGUUGACAUGCACAUUUGCACGCGCACACACAGUACUCACUACCCACUCACUCACCAGCCACUCACUCAUUACCUCACUCACUUCGUAAUUCACUCACUCACUACCCAUUCACUUCCCACUCCCUCACUCACCACUCACUCACCACUCACUCACCACUCACUCACUCAUUACCCUCUCACGACACAGAAACUCGAUUUAUGAGGCAUCCUCCGACGUGGCUGCGAACGCGUCUGAUUUCCGACUCGGCGCGUGAGGUUUCUGUCGUUCUCGAGUGUCUGUGCGGACGAUGCCGAUCGACGCCCUGCGAAAUGCUCCGCCGCAAUGAAAGUAAAAUGACAUCGGCGAGUGAA